GAUUUUCAUUACAUGUUAGUAUAUGUGCAGAUAAACAAUUGUAGAAGUACGUAGAUGAGAAUAUAGGAGAUCGUUGAUAUAAUUGCUCAGGUGAAACACUUGAAUAAAUAUUCUCGGGCGCUUUGAGCUAACGUGACAUUAAAAUUUGAAAAAUUAUUCAGUCUCACUUAGAACGCAUGGAAACGUAGUUAAUAAUAGUUCAGUAGUUAAACAACGAAAUUAGGAAAUAAAAAAGUGAAAGUAAAUAUCAAUAAGAAGAUAUAUUACCUAUUAACAUACACACACGUACCCCGACAGAAGAGAUUACUAGUAAAAUGGGAAAAGCAAAUGAAAACGUGUUUGAUCAUAGACGGACCAGCAUUCAAGACCUUGGUGGAAGUUCAUCGGUCGUAGUUGUAAUCCCUAGACAUACUUCCAUGACCUCAACUUCUAUACCAACAACUGCCAUGAAUAUACACGUAAAUGCCAACACGCUGAAAUACAUCAGCUUAAUUACAUUAACAUUGCAAAAUGCGAUACUUGGACUUAGUAUGCGAUAUGCACGUACUCGACCCGGUGAAAUUUUUAUCAGUUCUACAGCCGUGCUUAUGUCCGAACUGGUUAAAUUGGUCACCUGUCUAGCGCUGGUAUUCAAUGAGGAGGGUAAGGACGCACAAAAGUUUGUGCGCACUCUACACAAAACUAUUAUUGCGAAUCCUGUGGACACUCUGAAAGUGUGUGUUCCAUCUCUAGUGUACAUUGUACAAAAUAAUUUACUAUAUGUAUCAGCCUCGCAUCUGGAUGCGGCCACUUAUCAAGUGACCUAUCAACUAAAAAUUCUCACCACAGCCAUGUUUGCAGUUUUCAUUCUACGUCGGCGUUUAAUACAUACGCAAUGGGGAGCAUUGGUGUUGCUUAUUGCUGGCGUUGUGAUGGUGCAAUUGGCGCAAACAGUGGAAGAUAAAGUGGGAACUGCCCCACCAACUGGACCGGAACAAAAUCGUUUGCUUGGUUUGUGGGCAGCACUUGGUGCAUGCUUCCUAUCUGGCUUCGCUGGAAUAUACUUUGAAAAAAUUCUUAAAGGCGCCGAUAUAUCCGUGUGGAUGCGUAACGUGCAACUCAGUUUGCUAAGUAUACCAUUCGGCAUACUUACCUGCCUCAUCAACGAUGGCCGACAAAUUACGAAAGCCGGUUUCUUCAAUGGCUAUGACUUAUUCAUUUGGUAUUUGAUAUUCCUACAGGCGGGUGGGGGCCUUAUUGUUGCUGUCGUUGUUAAAUAUGCUGAUAAUAUAUUAAAAGGAUUUGCCACCUCCUUAGCUAUCGUCGUUUCAUGUGUUGCUUCUAUCUAUAUUUUCGAUUUCAAAUUGACGAUGGGCUUUGCAUUCGGAGCUGGGCUAGUAAUAGCGUCCAUAUUCCUCUAUGGCUAUGAUCCUAAGAAAGCUUCUACAAACUCUAAACAAGCAGCCGCAUCUAUUCAAUCGGAAGAUGAGGAGAAACUCUUGCCCAGAGUUUAAAUAUCGGUGUUAAGAACAGUAUUCGAAAUUUAGAUUUUUAAGUAACUGAAUUCAGACUUAACAACUUACUGGUUAAAAUAUAUAUAUAGAAUUAAUACAAUAAUUGUUAAUAUUCACGUCACGAAUUUUAAUUAAGUUUUUAUGUAGAACUAAAGCAUAUUUUUUUAUGCAACUAAGAGUAAUUUUUUACUUAAGUAUCUUUAAAAGUCUUUCAAUU